AACUAUUCACAUUGUUCUUGCAACCACAUAGCAUUUUGCACCAUCAUCAACACCACUACUCUCUCUCUCUCUCUCUAACAAGAAAAAGAGGAAGGGCAGUAGCUCAAUCCUUCCUCUCACCUUUACAUCUCUGUUCUUACAAAGUUGUAGCUGUAGCUGCUAGCUAUAGCUAACUACUCUAUCUCUUCUAAUCCUAUCUGACCACUGGUCCUUAAUUAGUCCUUGUUGCUACUUGUAUUUCUUCCUCCUGAUUCCUUCAACCUCAGCUUCCUCUUAUUCGAUCAAUUGCUGAAAUAUCGCAAGGUGACCAGAAGGAAUGUCGGCUCAGAUUGCGCCGGUGCUGGAGCAUGUGUGCUACGUGCACUGCAACUUCUGCAACACAAUUCUUGCGGUCAGUGUCCCGAGUAAUAGCAUGCUGAACAUCGUGACUGUCCGUUGUGGGCACUGCACUAGCCUGCUAUCAGUGAACUUGAGAGGACUGAUCCAGUCACUUCCUGUCCAAAAUCACUUACAGGAGAAUUUCAAGGUCCACAAUAUCAGUUUUACUGAAAACUGCCUUGAGCACGCACCUUCAUCUUCGAAAUACCGGAUGUCAAUGAUGUUCUCAACAAAAAGUGAUCAGGAUCAUAUGCUGCACGUCCGCGCUCCAGAGAAGAGGCAACGCAUUCCGUCAGCAUACAACAGAUUUAUUAAGGAAGAGAUACGGAGGAUUAAAGCAAGCAACCCUGACAUAAGCCAUAGAGAAGCCUUCAGCACCGCAGCAAAGAAUUGGGCGCAUUUUCCAAACAUUCAUUUUGGGCUAGGGCCCCAUGAGUCCACCAGCAAGAAGCUCAAUGAAGCCAUCGGUGCGGCAGGUCGUCCCCAGAAAGUCCAAGAUCUCUACUGAGACCAACCUACAUCAAUCCUUGAUUUCGUAUUGUAAGUAAUUUGAGAAAAAUCUACCUUAAUUCUGAACCGGUUUGUGAGUGCGUUCACAUAUAGAUGAGUGAGAGUGAUAUCAUGAAGUGAGAAAUUACGACAUAUAUGUACGAAAACGUGCUGCUAGCUACCAUGAAAGACUGAAUAAAUACCUGAUCACCGUGUUGUUAUUUAAUUGUUGGAAAUAAAUUAUCCCUUCUGCAAA